AUGUCAGGUAUAUUUACGGACACUGAGAUGAAUGAGCAAUACCAGGAGGACGAUGACUUUAACCAACAAGAAGAGCUAGUAAGUGACCAAGAUAUGAUGGAUGAACAGAAUGAAUUCGAACAAGAUUUCAGAGAUGAAUUUACAGAGGGAGCGUUUUUUUCUGAAUCUGAUAUGUCAGAUUAUAUUGUUGAAGCCGCUUAUGCGGUUGACUCCGUGCAAGACAUUACAUCUUUGAAAUUUAGUGAGAAUUUUGCGGAGGAAAUUGGCAAAUACCACUUUUCUACUUUGCAGCUUGCAUUUGAUUUUUAUAUGAAGUACUCAAAGUCGAAGGGCUUUAGUGCAAGGAAGAGCAAGACCUUCAAAAAUAGUAGUUGCCAGAUUUACAGACAAAUGUUUGUAUGCCAUAGGCAAGGAUUCAGGAUGGAGAAAUAUUACACGAUGGAAAAAAGGAAGAAGGAGCCUAGAUUGGAAACAAGAACUGGAUGUAAAGCCCGAAUGGAUGUUAAGUUUGUACCAGAAAGUGAAAGGUGGCAUAUCUUUUAUUUCUCUGACCAACACAACCAUGAUCUAUUGGAUACACAAUUCAGUGCUAUGUUGCCUGCCCACAGAAAAAUGUCAGAGGCAGAUAUUAUGCAAAUGAUGAACAUGCUAAAGUCAGGGAUCAGCACCUCACAAAUAUUUGGUCUUCUAGCUAGUCAGGCAGGCGGGUACGAAUUUGUUGGCUAUGGUCCCAGAGAUAUGUACAAUGAGAUUGCUCGGCAAAGGCGUCAAAUUCCUGGAGAUGCAGCACGAGUGUUGAAGAAGUUGGAGGAUAUGCGGUUGAAGGAUCCCCAAUUAUAUUUCAAGGCAUGUCACGAUUCAAGAGGUUUGUUACGUAAUUUGUUCUGGUCUGAUGGGAUUAGCCAACUAGACUACCGACUCUUCGGGGAUGUUAUAGCUUUUGAUGCUACGUACAAGAAGAACAAGUAUAGUUGUCCAUUAGUAAUAUUCAGCGGGGUUAACCACCACAACCAAACAAUUGUUUUUGCUGCUGCGUUAAUUGCGGACGAAACUACUGAUACAUAUGUUUGGCUCCUGCGUCAGCUCAUGUUUGCAAUGAGGGGCAAGACCCCGACCUCAAUCAUAACUGAUGGGGCCAUGGCGAUUAGGAAUGCAGUGAGAGAUGUAUUUCCCGAAGUCAGACAUAGAUUAUGCACUUGGCACCUUAUUCGAAAUGCAACUAGCAAUGUUGGAAAUCCAUCGUUUACAUCUAAAUUUAGAAAAAUUAUGACAGGAGACUACGAGAUUCCCGUGUUUAAGCGUAAGUGGGAUCAGCUUAUUGAAGAAUUUGGCAUUGAGGAUAAGCCCUGGGUGAUCAACAUGUACGAAGAGAAGCAUAUGUGGGCUACUGCAUAUCUAAGAGGAAAAUUCUUUGCUGGCUUUAGAACUACAUCAAGAUGUGAAGGUUUACACUCAGUUGUGGGAAGGUAUGUGGGGUCGCGGUAUGAUUUGACAAGUUUUGUAGAGCAUUUUCAAAGGUGUGUAGCACACAUGCGCUUUAACGAAUUUAAUGCUGAUUAUGAAUCUACACGUGGGGUGCCCGUCAUGCAAACUUGUAUAGAGCUGCUAGAGAGAUAUGCUGCUGAGUUAUACACUCAUGAGAUAUUUCUUUUCUUUCGGCCAUUUCUCUCCAGAGCUGGAUCAAUGCGGGUUCUGAACAUAGAUAAUACCGAUGAUUGCAUAAAGUACAUUGUGUCAACCAGCAAAUUCAAGAGUACAAGACAGAUCUAUCAACAACAGGAAAUUACUAUUUACAAAACAUUCAGAACCAAACUUCAAACCAAGACCGAAGAAGAAGAAUUGAAGAAAAAUGGAACAAAAAUUGAAGAAGAAUACCGACGAAGAAGACCGAAGAACAACAAUUUCGGAACUUCAAACCAAGAAGACCGAGCCCUCAGUGAAGAUGAAGAGGAGAAGCCACUAACCUGGGUUCCAUGCCGAGAAGCCAGUGAAGAUGAAGAGGACAUGCCGAGCAACUGGGUUCUGGACACGGGGAAGAGGAAGAAGCAGCGGCGCUGA